CUUUCCUCAACCAUCAUGGCUGCGGUCAACCCUGUAAACCCAAAACCCUUCUUGCAGGAGCUUACUGGGAAGCCGGUAUUCGUUCGCCUGAAGUGGGGACUCGAAUAUAAAGGCUUUUUGGUUAGCACAGAUGGAUAUAUGAAUCUUCAGCUGGCGAACACGGAGGAGUAUCAAGAUGGACAGUCAAAUGGUGCUUUGGGAGAAGUUUUUAUUCGGUGUAACAACGUUCUCUACAUAAGAGAGGCACCGCCAGAAUCUGAAUAGUAUCUCGACUAGCUACUCACACGCCUGUAUUACUAGAAAAUCAAAACGAUCAUCGACGAGUUUGCAUUUAAA